AUGUCUAAACUACAGCAGUUGAAUGUGUUUAUCACCGAGCGGCUAACAACAGCAGCAGUGGAGAUAUUUGGUUCGGCGGAAAAGACGUUAGCAGUGUACCAGGAGCGGCUAACAACAGCGGCAGUUGAGAUAUUUGUUGUGGUGGAAAAGACGAUAGCAGAGGUUCAGGGAGAGAACGACCGUCUACGGGGGCUUCUUCUAGAUCAUUUAGGAGCAGGUUUGUAGCGAUCAAAAAGCAUGUUACUUAUUUAACGUAAGGUUAUUCAACAUUUUGUUUGCUGAAUCACACUAGCUAGUGGGCUAGCCCAAUGACCUAACGUUUUGGAACGUUCAGACAGUAUAUUUCUAUGGAGACCAAACAUGCCUCGGUGACGAAGAAUAAGGAAUCACGUCGGCUCUAUUCGUUACAUUUUAUCUGCACUGUUCGAUAACGUUUGGCAAAUGAACGUGGCCCAGGUGUCAAGUAUCAGAUUGUGUUACUAUAUGUGAGAUAUUUUGUCGAUAAUGAUAAAGGGCCCCGUCUAGCUCAGUUGGUAGAGCAUGGCGCUUGCAACGCCAGGGUUGUGGGUUUGAUUCCCACGGGGGGCCAGUAUGAAAAAAUAUAUAUAUAUAUGUAUGCACUCACUAACUGUUAAGUCGCUCUGGAUAAGAGCGUCUGCUAAAUGACGUAAUGUAAAUGAUAAUGUAAAAUCUCACCCUAAAGUUACAUCGCCGCUUUAAUCGCCGUACAGGACCGUCAGUGGUCACCAACCUCAAGAUUUAAACAUGAAUUUAAACAACGUAAGCCUGUGCAACAUGAACCAAUUAAAAACAGUACUGUAUCAAUGAGGUUUGUGCAGUAGGCUAUAGGCCCAAAACAGUAUCACUGCAUAUUGGCUAUGCUUGAAUUGCCCUGCCAAUGUUGUUCUUCUCAAACCAUUUUGAAAUGAUAAAAAUAUAAUAAUUUGCUUAUUUUUUUUACUGGACUGAUGGCCUACUUCUGAUGGUCAGUCUGAGGGGAGGGAGGGAGCACCCGCCCUCCUUCCCUCCGCUCAGAAAAGGGGACACAGUCUUCCAGCUGAUGAAGUCGCACUGCAUUAUUUCUGCCUAAUACACCAAUUCAUGUUACUCCGAUGACCAGAGAAAGGGAAAUAUUCCUCGAUAUUAAAAAAGACACAAGCCGCUAAUAAUAACAACCCAAGCUUAUCGGAACACGUUGCUGUACUCGUUUAUUGUAGCUGUAGUGCUGGUUGUAGCGCGUGGAAGGAGAACAUGCAUUUUAUGGCUUAUAAAGGGGUUGAACAAAGUGUUAACAGUGCUGAAUAACAACUUAAACAUUAACUUACUGAUAAAAACAGCAGCUCUUUGCUGUAUUCGUUGAGUCUGUCUCUAGUCAUUGCUGUGUAUUCAAGGCUUCUUUUUCCAGACAAUGGCUUGAGGAAACUGUGCAGACACUAUCUAUCUGAUUGGCCUGUAGGUGCACUUGAUUUGCUCUCUGGGCCUGCCGGGUAGGCGGAGUUCUACCUUCAGACACAUAAAAUGGGAACACUUUGCCUUCCCGGCGCCAGCGGCUGCUGAAUCAAGUGCACCCUACUGCCAACAGCGCAAAACAAAUACUAAAAAAUAGGAACGCAAGGCUUUAUCGUUACAGAAAUGUUUGGCGAUCGACUAGGAAUGCUUUGGAGAUCGACCAGUCGAUCGCGGUCGACCGGUUGGUGACCACUGGUGUACGUGAACAGAACCAUUGGACGCGUCUCAAUCCACUGAAUCUGCAGUGGAUGGGGGGCUGCUCUAGAGCGGUAUUUGUGAAACAAGGAUGGAUCUUUCUAGCGGUUUCCUAAUCAAAACGUUGGUAAAGUUCCCCAUUCUGAUGAGGAACUGGCCCAAUUCUGAAAUGCUUAGACGAGGGAUGAGACAAGUUUACAAUUUCUCUUAAUGUUUAAACUGCCAUAUUUAUUAAUUUUUACGUAAAAAAAUAAAUAAAACAUAAAAUGAGGUGAAUUUACAGUUCAGGUGUGGUUCUGCGUAUGACCGCUAGGGGGCAAUGCAGUCCUGGCUACAUACCUACAGGUCGUCACUAGUUAUCACAGCCACAAAGUCAUAAACCCCGCCUAUUUCUACAAUUUAUCUUCUUAAAAUGUGAUUUCAAACCGAACCACACUGAUAACAUUAUGCCUAAAUUAAGACCAAAAAUAUCAUCUUUGUUUUCAUUAAUUGUUAUGAGUGGAAACCAUACCAGACGGCUCUCACCUUACUGCUGUCCCCCACCCACUAAGCAACGAUGGUAUUAAUGCUGUUUUAGGUUCUCUGUUGUGUGCUUCUCCUCCAUGUUCUCAGUUGUCAGUACGUACUUCAUGUCCCACUUCUUAUCAACGUGACGGCUCGUUGCAGUGAUGUACGACAGCGUGUUCAUAGACGUCCAACAAUCUGUUGUUAACGCCACGUGUGGUGUUUGAGAGCUCGCGCUUUGUACUUGCAGAGCAAUCAUUGUACAAUUUCUCCAACAGGGUCGUCACGUUUUUUUUCGACAUGGCAUCUUGUAGUUUGGUUCUAGAUAUGUCAUUAGGGUGUUGAAGUCGACAUCCUCUACCAUUGACAACGGCUGCAUAUCAACUGAAAUUAUUUCUGUAAUCAGCGCUGUGAUUCUCAUACUCUGUCCCUUAUCGCACCUCAGCCAGCAGGGUUGGUUGGGUCGUCCCUUUCAGCAUUGUACCUGUCGCUCAAUUCCACUUCUCAAAGUUAGCAUUUCAUAAUUUUCUCAUUUAACUUCUCAAAGUAGCCUAUUGCCAUACAGGACUUCGCUGCUGUUGCUUCCCUGUCUCACUCGCUCCCAUUUUUCCAACCGUUAACGAUGAUGACCUGCAGAGUGCUUUAUAUCUGUGGCGAAUAAUUAGAAAGAUGCAUAUCUCCUCCUACUAACGUUUACAGCAUAGUUGCACCAGGUAUUUGUUUAAAAAAUAUAUAUGUUAUGAUGAUGAUGAUCAGGGCCUGUUAGUGGUAGCUCGCUAACGUUAGCCAGGCUAGGAGUUAGGGUUAAGUUUAGGAGUUGGGUUAAAGGGUUAAGUUUAGGCGACGGGUUAGCUAAAAGGGUUAGGGGAAGGGUUAGCUAAGUAGUUGCAAAGUAGCCAAAAAGUAGUAAGUGGUUAAAGUUGCUAAAAUUGUCUAUGAUGAGAUUCGAACUCGCAACCUUUGGGUUGCUAGACGUUUGCGUUAUACACACACCCAUCCAACCUGACCAACCACCCUCCUUCCGUUAUUGCCUUAAGUAACAUAUCAUACUGAAUGGAUGUCUUGGAUUUACAUACAGAAUAAUAUGAAAUGCUCUGAGACCAGGUUGCUGAUGAAGCUCAACUCCGUUCUCUUAUAUUGAGGCGGAGUUGAGUUUUGAUAACUGGUCGUGGGAUUUGCUAGCAACAACAUUGAGUCACCAUCAGUCGCUUCUUGUAAAAAUGUCAAUUCUGAAAACGCUUACUUGUACCUAUGUUUGUCCUGUACAACUGCGGUCCUUCCACGGGGUGCUGAAAUUCGUACUUUUAAUAAAAACGUUUAGCAAAUACAACCACCGACUUUUUCCUAAUUUGUGUUGCUCAUACUACAUAAGAUUAGUUUCAAUUAGGUCUGCUAUCUGGGAUAUUUGGGACGUCCCUACCCCAUUGAAGUUGACAUUUAAGAUGGUUAGGGUAGGGACAUCCCAAGGAUCCCGGGUAGCACUGUCCGAUUCAAUUGGCACAUUCGCGAUGAGUUGAGCAACACAAAAAAGGAAAAAGUUGGUUGUAUUCGCUAAAAGGACUGCAGUUGUACAGGACAAACAUUAGGUACAGGCAGGGGUUGGAACCAAAAUAAUUUUCCAAUCGUUUCCUUCUGAACAGAACCACUAUUUUAUUUCUUUCGUUCCACUGUUCCUACCAGAAAAAUAAUGUUCUGAACCGGUUAAAACCCCAAAAAAGUACUGAUUUAUAUUGUUCCUUUCUGUUCCUUUUUUAACCUGUGACAUUUUUUUUUACAGCUAACAAGCUUGAGUGUGCAGAGCGGCACCAGAAUUAAAAACAUGUCUUAUAUUUUUGUAGUUAAUAAAUCCAUUGUGAAACGUGAUAACUAGGCCUAUAGCAGGGUUCUUCAAUUCCGGUCCUGGAGGGCCGAAACAACACUUCUGUUUUUUAUUUCUACCUGGUAGUUAAUUGCACUCACCUGGUGUCCCAGGUCUGAAUUAGCCCCUGAUUAGAAGGAGAGGAUGAAAAACAGAGGUGUUUCGGCCCUCCAGGACCGUAAUUGAAGAACCCUGGCCUAUAGUAUCCUUAACAAGCAUUGAAAAAGUUAAUCCAUUCUUCUCUAGCUAAUAAAAAAAAAAUCACUCUCCCUAUCUUGUUAAUCACGCUUGUAACGUCAGUACAGUAACCUAUGCUUCUGAGGGGAGAGGGGCAGGUAGCCUAAACACUGGUUUCCAGCUUGCAGGCAGACACUGGAAUACGUUUCAGGGACAGUGAGGGCUUUGCAUAGGCGCUUUGUGGGACUAGAAAAACAUGCCUUGAACGCUAUUAACCGGUUUCCCAUGCUUUUAAAAUAACAGUUCUGUUCCAGAACAGUAUGGAUCACUUUCGUUCCAGAUUCCAUUUCUGUUCCUUACCUGUUUUCAGUUCUGUUCUCUGAGCCACUUCUGACCCCUGGGCAGGGUGGGAAAUUAACAUUUAGGCCCACCAGGCACUGUGGCAGGUACAUAGAUUGUAUUUUUUUUGUUGACCAGCCAAAAUAUUUUUCCUCACCAUAAUCAACACCAAAAAUGACAGAAUGGAUGAGCAUGCUUUCUAAUGUCUCUAAAACAAGAAAAGUAUUACUAGUAAGAAGUAAUAGGGUAUAUUGAUUAAUUUAAUAUACUUUUUGUGGGGCCUGCGACUUUUUACCAAUGUAUGUUAAAUGAAAUCAUUUAGAUACAAUGGCAAAAACAGAAAUAGUUCUAAAACUGAACAUCAAGAAUCAACAAGGUGCCUACCUUCCACAAAAUGCCGAGUGAUACGUAGGCUUGGGCGGAGUGAUACGUAGGCUUGGGCGGAGUGAUACGUAGGCUUGGGCGGAGUGAUACGUAGGCUUGGGCGGAGUGAUACGUAGGCUUGGGCGGUGUGAUACGUAGGCUUGGGCGGUGUGAUACGUAGGCUUGGGCGGAGUGAUACGUAGGCUUGGGCGGAGUGAUACGUAGGCUUGGGCGGAGUGAUACGUAGGCUUGGGCGGAGUGAUACGUAGGCUUGGGCGGAGUGAUACGUAGGCUUGGGCGGAGUGAUACGUAGGCUUGGGCGGAGUGAUACGUAGGCUUGGGCGGAGUGAUACGUAGGCUUGGGCGGUAUACUGGAUAUACUAUAUUCCCGGGUAUUUGGGGAAAAAGCCAUGGGAUGGUUUUUCAAUACCGGCAAAACUAUUUCUUUUGAAGUUUUUCAAUAGAUUUGAAUAUUUGUAGCUACUUUUUUAAGAAAAUACCUGCAGUCAACUUGUGCAACACGUUAGGAGAUGAAACGGAUGGCGUUCUUCAUUUCACCGGUCACAUUAUUUUACAUUAUGAAGCUUACCGUAGUUCCCCAGAACAGUUGGGCCGGUCACGUGUUUGUUUGUAAAUAGCACAACGGGAGAAGGCGAGCUGGUGAUUCCAUAGUGUUUUAUUUCUAAUCGGUUAGUCUCUGUGUGGCGCACAUGAGGUGGUGAAGUUAUACUUGUAUGCAAUUCACUACUAAAUGUUUGCCACCAGAUAUCUUUUAUAAUGGCUUUCUGCCAGAAGUCAAAGAGCAUUGGAUGAGUUAUCUGUACAUUUGCCAAUUUUUCCCCGUGCUUCCUGCUAGCGUUUUUCCCCCUCCUCUGUUCUUCUCCCAUCUGCUCCAUGUACACAUGCUGCUCAUCCUUCAGACAAGCAUGCAUCACAACUUUUUUUCGUUUCCACAAUUUCUCUCAUUCAGAGAUGGUUUGGGAUGAGUCGGACCGCAGAGAGAAUGAAAAGCAGCCAACAAGUGCUCAGCAAAUGUGGGAACUCCUUCAAGUCUGUUUGAAAAGCAUUCCAGGUGAAGCUGGUUGAGAGAAUGCCAAGAGUGCGCAAAGCUGUCAUCAAGGCAAAGGGUGGCUAUUUGAAGAAUCUCAAAUAUAAAAUAUGUUUUGAUUUUGUUUAACACUUUUUUGGUUACAACAUGAUUCCAUAUGUGUUAUUUCAUAGUUUUGACGACAUCACUAUUAUUCUCUAAUGUAAAAAUAUAGAAAAACCCUUGAAUGAGUAAGUGUGUCCAAACUUUUGACUGCUACUGUAUAUGAACAUGAUUAUUUAUUUAUUUGUACAAGUUUUUAGAUAAUUGACAUUAAGGCAUGAAAAAUGUCAAUUUGUAUUUAAAAAAGUUUUGCAAUCUAUCAUAAAACAGUUUGACAACCCUGUUUGUAAGCUUUUAAAUCAUAUCAAACUCAACUUUCAAAGACAUGGAAGUCUCAUGGUAGGGUGGGGUAUGCAAAAUGGGUCAACUUUGAGCACCUUUAUCUCUUGAAUGUUUUGGCAUUCAGGUCCAAAAAGUCACAUUCUGACCACUUCUUGCAUGGGCAAACAUGUAUGGAAGGUUUCGUUCAAAUCAAAAGGGGUGCAAUCAGAAAGUGAUUGAAAUCAUAUGGAAUGACCCAAAAGUAGAUGAGGAUGGCUUCAUUUUUCUGAGCAUGCGCUCCUGCCUCCAUUUUAACCACAGCCCUUUCAAGUCCCACGUUUGUGGCACAGUGUUAACAGGCUCUAUGCGGCCUGGGGACGAGGUUAGUGGCACAGUGUUAACAGGCUCUAUGCGGCCUGGGGACGAGGUUAGUGUUACAGGGAUACUGCGAGAUUCUGCCAUUUUCUACUUCCCCAGAGUCAGAUGAACUCGUGGGUACCAUUUGUAUGUCUCUGCUUGCAGUAUGAAGGAAGUUGGAGGUAGUUUUGCGAGCUAAUGCUAGCUAGCGUUAGCGCAAUUACUGGAAUUCUACAGGUGACUGGAAGUCUACAAAUGCUACUGUACCUGUAGACUUUCAGCCAUUGCGCUAACGCUAGUUGGUUAACAUAGUAUCCCUUUGAUUACCCUCAAGUAGUUAAAGGAAAAUUCCACCACUUUUCAACCUCAUUUUAAUUAUCUCCAGCACCAUGCAUAUCAGUGUCUAUUAUGUGAAAAUGGCAUGCUAAUAAAUUGUGGUUAAAAAUAUGAAUUUCUAAAACAAAUUAUACCCUAUAAUAUCAUCGAGUAUGAUUUAAACGUUUUUUUUUUUUUUAUGUUGAUUUAGCCAGUGGUAGGCAUUUUGGCUUACUCUCAUUCAUACAAAGAGUUAUGGGAUAUUAGAAUCGUCUUGUCCUAACCUGGAUAUCGUCAACCUAGACCUGAAUGCAGGUUGUUAGGAACUUCCUCUGAUGUCAUAUUGUAAAUAUGAAGUACGAAGCAGCAAAAUGGGGCUACUAAAUCACCUGCUGCAGUUAUGUUGCAUUAGUUCAGCACAGCAUAGACAAUUCUGAAUAGACUUCAAUGUAAAAUGUUUCUUAUUGUUUCUUGAGUGCUUUAUUUCCUCUCCUCUCUCUCCAGACCCCCAGCAGCUAACUCUACCUGAAGAGGUGGUUCCCCCUAAGCAGCAGGAGUGGAGCCCCAGGCCGGGGCAGGAUGACCCAGAGCCCACACAGAUUACAGAGGAACAGGAGGAACUCAGGACCAGUCAGGAGGAAGAGCAGCUUCAAAGACUUAGGUCUGCUACCACAGAGGUUGUACAGUUGAUAUUUAUUCCUCCCUGUGUGGAAAGUGACUGUGACCAGGACAGCAAGACAGACUCUCUACCCACCAACACAACUAAACAGACCCAAUCAGCAUCGGAUGACGAGGACUACAGAGUAUCAGAACUAACCAGUCACUCUCAACCCCUCUCUGCAGUAAAUCCAGACAGUUCUGCAGCUCUGAGUGAAAUCAUUGUAAGUAUUGAUGAAGACGAGAGUGAAGAACUACCGUCAGGUUCAAAGAGAACACGGGGAAAGAAAGGACAAACCUCUCAAGUCUGCACUGAGGCCAAGACAACCAGUGAGCUGAAAGCACCACUAAAGUCUCACACAAGCAGGAGACCAUACAAGUGUCAUUUCUGUCCUAAAAGCUUCAUCUCAUCAAUCAGUCUUAAACUACACCAUAAA